GCACUACACUCUCCUCCCCUGAUCAUCUAGUCUGCUCCACCUCCGGCUAGCUCGCCGCCUCUCAAACCCCACCGGUCUAGUUUCCUUCCCCCGUGAAGCUGUCCUCGACCUCCCCAGCUCAUUCCUCUGCCACACCAGCUAGCCAGCCAGUGAACCAAGAGAGCACACCAGAUAGCAUGGCCGGCGGAAUCGUGAUCUCUAUGAGUGGAGUGAUGAACCCGCUCAUCGCCAAGCUCACUGCACUCAUGGGCGACGAGUACAAGAAGUUCAGAGGGGUCAGGAAGCAGGCCUCAUUCCUCCAGAAGGAACUCAGCGCCAUGAACGCUGCCCUCCAGAAGCUGGAACUCAUGGACGACGAGCUCGAUCUGACUGUCAAGGACUGGAGGGACGAUGUUAGGGAGAUGUCCUACGACAUGGAAAAUUGCAUUGAUGACUUCAUCCGCCAAUCUCGAGCAAAUGAUGCCAAGUCGGGCUUCAUCAAGAAUAUUGCUCGACACAUCAAGAAGUUACGACAACGCCUUCAGAUAGCCCAUAGGAUGGAAGAGCUCAAGACCCUUGUCAUAGAAGCAAAUGCUCGGCGUGAGAGGUAUACGGUUGAUGAGAGGAAGCCUGUCUCUGCCUCAGUGGUUGUUGACCCUCGGCUACGAGCGGUCUACCAAGAGGCAGAUACUCUCGUGGGCAUUGAUGGUCCAAGGGAGGAGGUUGUCACUCGGUUGAUGGAUAAUCAGAUGAAACUCAAGGUGGUGUCUAUUGUGGGAUUCGGCGGUCUCGGUAAAACUACACUUGCCAAACAGGUGUAUGACAAAAUUGACUCAAAAUUCAAUUGCAAGGCAUUCUUGUCAGUUUCCCAGAAGCCUGAUAUGAUUGAUGUACUCAAUCAUCUACAAUUUAAACUUAAGAUAGAGGAGCCUGGUUCAUCACGCGCUCGCAAGGUUGACAACAUCAUUGAAGAGCUAAGGGAACAUCUGAAACAUAAGAGGUAUCUUAUUGUUGUUGAUGAUGUGUGGGAUGAAUCAGCAUGGAAUACUAUUAAGUGUGCUUUUCCGGAAGAUGAUAAUGGAAGUAGAGUGAUAGUUACAACACGAGUGGAAGGUGUGGCUAGCGCAGCAUGUAAGAAUAACUGUAAGGGUGUCUAUAAAUUGAAACCCCUCAGUGAAGAAAACUCAAGAAUAUUAUUGUUGAAUAGAGUAUUUGGGUCCGAGCAUGGUUGUCCCCCUCAACUUAAAGAAGUUAUGGCUGAGAUUCUGAAGAAGUGUCAUGGAUUGCCACUUGCAGUUAUCACAAUAGCUAGCCUAUUGGCAAAUGAAGAAAGAUCAAGGAAGGGAUGGACGAGUAUAAGGGAUUCUUUGGGUACCCAGUCUUCCACAAAUCUCGUCCUGGAAGAGAUGAAGAGUGUAUUAAAUCUUAGCUACAUACAUCUUCCUGCUCAUCUGAGGGCAUGCUUUUUGUUCUUUGGUAUGUAUCGUGAGGAUUGCGAGAUCUUAAGGGAUGAUCUGGUUCGACGAUGGAUAACUGAAGGCUUACUUGUUAGAAAUUUGCGUGUGUCGGAUCUGGAGGAUGUGGGCAGGAGUUAUUUCAACGAGCUUAUCAAUAGAAGUAUGAUUCAGCCUUGUAAAACAGAGUGUGGAGAGGUUUUGUCUUGCAGAGUACACGACAUGAUGCUUGAUUUGAUCCUAAGCAGGUGUGAUGAAGAUAACUUCAUAUGUGUGGCACACAAUUAUGAAGACAUGGCAAGAAUUCAUGGCAGCAAAUACAAGGUGCGUCGACUAUGUCUGAGGUCCAUGGCUGGUGGUGGAGCAACAUAUGGCCCAACCAUUGUUAUUAGUCUAUCACAAGUUCGAUCGUUUACAUUGAUAGGGAACUGCAUGCCUCCUCUUUCAUUGUUCAAGUAUCUCCGGGUGUUCACAAUUGAAUACAUGGGAAAAGAGAAAGCACUUGAUCUCGGUGCUAUCAGCCAAUUGUUUCAGCUGAGGCAUUUGUAUGUUUCAAGAACAUUUUGUGUGGUACAUCUCCCUGCUGAACUGAAAGGGCUUGUUUACUUGGAGAUACUACACAUAGUUGCACCGCUCAAGAGCAUCCCCUCGGAUAUAGUCCAUUUGUCCCGCUUGUCCUAUCUUGAUGUUAUGAUGCUAGAAAUGUUGCCUGGUUGGAUUGGGAGUAUGAAAUCACUGCACAGUCUAGUAAUACUUAAGGAAAAUUUUUCUUGGCAGAGGGAAGUGAAUGUGAUGAAGGGUAUUAUGGGUCUCGGUGAGCUGACCAAUCUAAGGAAACUGAAGAUCCAAUUGGGGUGUUUGGAGAAGCCAGAACUUGAUGCUUUUGCCUGCUCCAUUGGAAAGCUUUGUAACCUCAAAUAUCUUGACAUCUGUGGGGCACUAAAUGAAGAUAGUAGUGAACUGGGCUCAUUAUCAAAUCCUUUUCAGCAUAUUGAGCAAUUUCACGGGUCAAUAUGGAAUUUCCGUAGAGUUCCCAUAUGGAUGGGUGGUGUCCAUUGCCUUCGCAUUGUCGACCUGUGUGUGGACGAGAUGUCAACCGAGGAGUUUCGUCUUCUUGGAGAGCUACCCUCCCUCGUCAAACUCUGUUUAUUUUCGUCACAUAUCCCUAAAGAAAAGGCUAUAUUGGGCACAGGACUAUUCCCGGCUCUAGAGAACUUUGAAUUUUGGUCUUGGGAUGACAUUAUGGCGUACCUGGUGUUCGAGGCGGGGGCCAUGCCCAAUCUACGAACCCUUUUUCUCAGUAUCCCGGAGUGGGGCGGCAGUAUAGCAGUCGGCAUGGAGCACCUAUUAUGCCUCGAGGAGAUCCAGCUUGCUUGGUCUCGCUGCAGUGACGCCAUAGUGUCUGCAUUAAGGAAGGCCUUAUCCGUGCACCCAAACUUACCUUCCCUUGCAUAGCUUUGGUAGUUGAUUUCUUCAGUCGAAAAGCAAUUUGAAUUUGUCAGUGUGCAGCCAAUCUGUUCUCCCAGCAGUGAGCUACUCAGCAGAUCCUUAAAUUAAUGAUGGACAUGCGGAAUUGGAAAUUAAUCUGGUAGUAUGUAACAUUAUCUACCUCUCUGAAUAUAAUUUCACAUGCAUCAUAUGAGUAGGUCUCUCCAAGGGUAACAACGGAUGUUUAAAUCAGGAGGAAUCUUCUGCCUCUUCCUUUCUUUUAUUGAGUAACAUCUCUUGGUUCCUAUGAGGCAGGCAUCUAACUUCCUUGAUCUGUAUGGAAUGUUCUGCUCUAUCUUCAGCUGUGCUUCUUAGCAAUAUUCAGCAUAUUUGGCAGUCCAGUUGCAGGAGGAAUGGUGAAUCUGAUAAAAGCUUCACGCCAUUGGUUUUUCGUGAAUACGCAAAACUUGAAUAUCAUUCCAUUGAUAGAAGAAGUUAAGAUAAAGUACAACAGAUGGUACAACGCAUGCGACGAACGCAAAAGGCGUGAACAUGGCGCCCACAUGGGAUGCUCAGCACAAACAGAGAAACACACACGAAAGAGUCAGAUUAGUAGCUGCAUCCAGUAUGGCUUCCAAUGGAAUCUAGACAAUCUUUGCUGGAAUAAUUGCUUUGUAAAGACCCAGCUUAUCAGUAGCGAUGUUGAAGUUGAACUACGAAAGUGGUGAUUAAUUAAGAUAAUUAUAUAUUGAUGUUUUUUGUUUUUUCCUUUUUUCCUACCUGUCUAUUCAAUGUUUGUUCAAGAAGAAAUUGUGUGGGAAAUGAAAAUAUUAACAAGACA